AUGACGUUGGAUGCAGCGAUUCCUGUGCUUAUCCGGGGUGGCUGUUAUUUGGGUUUGGAUAGAUGCCGACCGUGUGGUAUGCCGUUUGAGACCAACUGUAGACAUUCAUCAACUUCAAAACGCCUGCUGACCAUGCCGACCUUACGGAGGCUGUACAACGAUGCGUUAUCUAUUUCUAGCCUUCUACCUACCGUAAACCGAGCUAACAGGUUUGUUUUCGACCAGAGCGAGUAUGACGCUGCCGUGGUGAGUGGAGUCUUGCCUGCCCACUUCCAGCCAUCGAAGUGCAUACUUUUUGAGACCGAUCAAAUAUACCGCGAUAAGCUCUCAUGUUCCAGGGACAAUAUUGAUAGCCAGGCCGAGUCCAUUGUCAUUGUGUUUGACGACAGUGGCCGCUUGCUAGUUGAGUUCUGA